AUGGAGCAAAAGGAUUGGUCAAAAAAGCAAGAUGAUGCACUAUGGGCAUCUAGGACAGCCUAUAAGACAUCCAUUAGGACCUAUCAAUAUCGCUUGGUAUAUGGGAAAGCAUACCAUUUUCCUGUGGAGCUUAAGCAUCAAGCUUAUUUUGAAGUUAAGAAACUAAACCUUGAUAUAAAGACAGUUGGUGAGAAGAGAUUGUUGAAGCUGAAUGAACUUGACGAUUUUCAUCUCCAUGCUUAUAAGAAUACAAGACUGUACAAAGAGAAUACUAAGAAAUGGCAUGACAAGCAGAUUCUGAAUAGAGUUUUUGAGCCUGGACAACUUGUGUUGCUAUUUAAUUCAAGAUUGAAGUUGUUUCCAGGUAGGUUGUGUUCUAAGUGGUUUGGGCCAUUUAAGUUGGUGCGAAUGAUGCCUUAUGGAGCUUUUGAACUAUGGAACAAGGAGAAGACUGAAAAAUUCUUGGUGAAAGGGAAGUGGAUGAAGCAUUAUUGGGCGGAUCAUGCAUAUCAGCACAAUGUGUCCAUCACCUUUGUGGAUGAGUGA